AUGAGCGCGGUUGAGAUUGCUUCCUCGUUCAUCGAGGGAGCUCCUCCGGGAGAGUUGUCCGAUGUCGUCGCUGACAUCAAAGCUCUCACCUCAGAAGGCCCCGACAUCCUCCCCGACCUCGAACCCGCCUUUAAAAGCUAUAAUGAGAAGCAAUUGGCUACCGUGAAGCUUCCCGGUAGUAGUCAGCAGGUGAUUGUGAGCGAGUUCAAUCGGUUGGAUGGAGAUCGGUACUUUGAUGUUGAAAGCUCGACGUCGUUUGAGUUUGAUCAUAUUACACAGACCGCUUCAGCUGCGCAAUCAUAUCCCCUCGACUCGCAAAACGCAGACCUUGUAAAAUCUCUCCUUCGAUCCCUCUCUACGCAUGCCAAGGAGCACUACCCUAGCUCUUCCUAUGGCGUUUAUCCCAUCGAGAACGAUUCCGCAAUUGCCGUUGUCCUGGUGGCUAACCGCUACUCUCCGAAUAAUUUCUGGAACGGUCGCUACCGCUCCAUCUAUCAAAUCCCCAUCUCCUCAUCUUCUACCACAAUUACUGGCACCAUCCACGUCGAUGUACACUACUACGAAGACGGCAACGUGGCUCUGAGCACCACAAAGCCCAUCUCGCUAUCACUAUCGAACAUAUCCGCCGAAACAAUCAUGGCAAAAAUCGGUGCUGCGGAGCGCGAUCAUCAGGAAGAGCUCAAUCGCGCGUUUAGUCGACUGGCGGAAGGCGCAUUUAAGAGUUUAAGACGACAGUUGCCGAUUACGAGGCAGAAGGUGGAGUGGGAGAGGGUUGGCGGCUAUCGGUUGGGACAGGAUAUUUCUGGAGGGAAGGGGCGGUAA